GUUGGAACCCACAAGAAAGGUGGGGGCUUCGAAGACUGAACCAGGAGAUGUACAGUAGAGAGUAUCCUAACUACAUCAGCAAUGGCUGUAUUAUGGAAACACCAAUGCCCAGGAACAGAAAAUAGUGGCUGCAGCCCAGUCCAUCACAGGCAAAGCUCUCUCCACCACUGAGCAGAGUUACAAGGAGCACUGACCAAGAAAGCAAGAUUUCAUCAUGGACUCCCACCAUCCCCUCUUCUCACUGCUACCAUCCAGAAGGAGGUACAAGAGCCUUAGGUCCCACAGCACCAGGUUCCGCACAGUUAUUACCCUACAACCAUCAUGGAUAACUUAAUUCCCUCAGCAGAAAAUGAGUCCGCAACCAUGGACUUGCUUUCAAGGACUCUACAAUGCAGGUUCUCAGUAUUAUUUGCUCAAUUUGCCUUCUUUUGCACAUUGGUUGGGUGUGGUGUCUUUGUGUGCAGUUCACAUAGAUAUUUAAUUAUUUUCCAAUAAGUGCCUGUAAGAAAAUGAAUCUCGUAGUACACGGUGACAAAUAUAGUUUGUUAGAGGAAGUAGAGAUAUAUCCCAAUGGAGGACAAUACACACAUUGCUAGUUAUUGCUGAAUUAGUUGGAAGUUUUAGAUAAGAGAAUAUAAUCCCCAAGAAUAAAAUGCUCAUAUUAACAGUUAUGUUGACAUGUUUAACAUAAAAUCUUUAAGUUAUAAUCAGCUUCAAUAUUAUGUUUGAUCAAUUACAUACAUAAAAUGUCACAUGUUAGUCGCCGGUGCCAGCAAUAAAACAAAAAUCACUCUUCAAGCCUGAUGCAUUCAGUUCACUUAUAGCCAUGUCUACUUAAUCUGUGGCAACUGAAGCUCAGAGGCUUGAUUUCUUAUCAUAAAGCACCAGAUGUGGAGCAUGAUAUCCAGGCCUGUGUACAUUUGAAAUUACAUCCAAUACAUAUCUGCUAAAAAUUUCCUCUCCUGCAAGCUUAACUGUUUAAGAGCUGAUUAGUUGCAACCCAAAUGUUGCAAUUGGCACAGGGCAUGGUAAUGUGAAAACUUAAGUGACAUAAAUUAACGAUUCAGAUCCAAAGCUGGCCGGAAGCAAGAAGAGAUAAUUGGAUUACAGUAUUUUGCUCUGGUAAAAGACAUUUACCAAUGGAAUUCCAUUGGGGGCAGUAUUAGGUAUUUAUACCUAAGGUAUAAAUACAGUACCUUUAUUACAUACACUCCUACAUACAUUAAGCUUCCAUAAUAUUGUGGUGAGCAUUUGAUCUUUGAUUGCAGAUGAGAAAAGUUAGUUUAUCUCAACUACCAUUUAAAAAAAAUUGUGACAAGCACAAUAGCUCGGUGAGAACUAACUCACUUUUUAGAUGGGGGAAGUGUUACGAAUGUGCCACAACUCUGAGGGGCCGAAGGGUACAAAGUCCUUUUUGAGAAUCGCAAGAUCGCUAUUAAUUCAGGUCUGGGACCCAGGAAAUGAGAGAGAGACACGCAGAAUACACAGGGUUUGGAAUGUGUCCUGGCCUCAGCGAGACAAAGCUGCGGAUAACGGCCAUUGUCUCUUGGAGACGGAAUUGUGUAUUGAGUACUGUACUAUUCAUUGAAACCCCUCAGGGGACAACCAGAGUGGGCUGGUUGAGGGAUUGCAUCAUCCCAACCUGAUUGACAUCUGAGACCCCAUGAGUAAGGAUAAAAGGGGGUCUGGGGAACAACCCCUUCAGACGCACCAGGAGAAACACUAGAAAUCCUGUGACAGUGUUUAAUAGUGACAGCCGGUGGGGGAUCGUGUGCGUCCUUCCCUUGCCUGGGAUUGGCGGCCUCACCAUGGAAGAACGGCUUUAGCUAAAGGAGAGGCCAUGAGUGAACGGCCACACCAACGGGACUCCCGACGGAUCGAAAUCAUAAAAAGGAAAGCCGGCAAGUUUCUAAAAAGCUCUCUCUCUCCAACCAAAAGGCUGCAGCCUGAAUGAAUUGAGUGACUUUUAUAUUUCCAUCGGACAAUACAUUAACCCCUAGACAAUGAUAGAGCUGUUCCUUAUUGAUUAUUAUUAUACCUGCACUUUUAGGUUUUGUAUUGACGGCGUAUAUUAUCUGUAUGGUUGCAUUGAUACUAUUUUUGUGUAUUUUUACUAAUAAAUACUGUUAAAAAUAGCACCAUCAGACUUCAACGGACCUCUCUAUCUUUGCUGGUAAGUGACCCAGUUAGGGGGUUCGUAACAAAGUGGGGGCCUCGUCUCGGGAUCUGAUACCAAAUUGGAGGGCCAGUGAAUCGGGCGUUUAAGUCCAAACUUGGAUCCGGUUGCGCGGGUAGCCAGACAGGAAACCAGCAAAGUUGGAUAUGGAUGAAUUUUUAGAAAACCCGACUCUGGAGGCGCUAGAGGCAGCCACAAAGUCGGACUUGAUAAAUAUUGUGAAAGGUCUAAACCUCGCAGAGGUGAGGCUGUCGAUGAAAAAGCAGGAGUUGCGGAGGGCCAUAAUUCAGUAUUAUAUUGUGAAGAAUGUGUUUUCGGCUGAGGUAUUGGAAAAUAUCCCUGAAAAGGUACCAGCUAGUGGGACAGCUCAGUUUGAGUUGGAGAAAUUAAGGUUAGAACAUGAAAUUAAGUUAAAGCAGCUGGAAGCAACUGAGAAGGAAAAAAAAAGGGCUGAGAAGCAACGGGAGCAUGAGCUCCAGCUAAAGGAGUUAGAGGUGAAGAGGAAGCAGGAAAGAGCUGAGAAACAAAGAGAGCAUGAAAUUCAGUUAAAACAGCUGGAAGCAGCUGAAAAGGAGAAGGAAAGGACCGAGAGAGAAAAGGAAAGGGCCGAAAAGGAGAAGGAAAGGGCCGAGAAGGAGAGAGAGUAUGAGGAAAAAGAGAAACAGAGGCAACAUGACUUGGACCUGGAGAAGUUAAGGCAAGAGUGAAGAGCUCAAGGGUCAGACCGAGAGGAGCGGUUUAAUGUCAGUAGGGAGUUUAGGUUAGUACCUCCGUUCGAGGAGACGGAUGUUGAUAGUUAUUUCUUGCAUUUUGAAAAGGUGGCAGAAGUGGCCCAAAGAUCAGUGGGUGGCGUUGUUACAAAGUGUGUUAAAAGGGAAGGCACAACGGGCAUAUGCAGCGUUGUCCAUGGAGGAGGAGGAGUCUGAGAAUUAUGAGAGAGUAAAGGAGGCCAUUCUUCGGACCUACGAAUUGGUACCUGAAGCCUAUAGACAAAAGUUCAGAAAUUUAAAGAAAGUGUAGAAUCAGACGUAUGCAGAGUUUGCCUAUGAGAAGGGUGUGCUCUUGGAUCGUUGGUGUGCAGCAGAAAUAGUGGAAGAAGAUUUUUGGCAUCUCAGGGAGUUAAUUCUGAUUGAGGAAUUUAAAGGUUGUGUUUCGGAUGAUAUCCCGAUGUAUUUGAAUGAGAAGUCGAAUAAGUCUGUCUCCAAAUUUGCUAAGUUCGCAAAUGAAUAUGCCCUAACCCACAAGACAAAGUUUUCCUUGAAUAAAAGUUACCAGAGAGACCAUGGUAACGGUAGA